AUGUGUAUGCUUCAAAAUCUGUUAGCUUCUUCAAAGAAAUGUCCAAUGGUUGUAAAAUUAAAGCCUGUUAAUCGUGAAUAUGUUGCUGUUCCAUAUCAAGGUAAUGGUGUUCAAUUAGCUGUAUUCCACUUGCUAGUAAAGGUCGUUAAACCAGUGUUCCAUCAAGAAAAAUCUACAAGUAUUGCCGAUCUCCUAAGAAUUAGCUCCAGAAAGAAUCCAAUCAAAAUUAUUUCAAUCACUAGAAAACUUGAUUUAGCUCUUUUUAACGUUGGCCAGUUAAAAUUAGCAUAUUAUCAUUUAUUCAAUGCUCUCAAAUAUAUAAAUCAAGAACCACCAACACUAAGAGAAAGCACAAAGCCAAAACAAUUUAGAAUAUUGGCAAACAUUGCUAAUCAUCAAAAAUUCUUUAUUACAAUUUAG